CCCGCGGGCCGCGCGUCGUAAUGGGCUCGGGCUGGAGCAGCGAGGAGGAGCGGCAACCGCUGCUGGGACCCGGGCUCGGGCCUGCGCCGGGGGCUGCUUGGAGAAGCAGGGGGGAGGAGGCGGCGGCGGCGGCGGCGGCGCUGCCCGCGGCAGUCCCGAGUCCCGGGAGGGUGUACGGGCGCCGCUGGCUCGUGCUGCUGCUCUUUUCGCUGCUGGGGUUCGUGCAGGGCCUGGUCUGGAACACCUGGGGCCCCAUCCAGAACUCGGCGCGCCAGGCCUACGGCUUCUCUAGCUGGGACAUCGCGCUCCUCGUGCUCUGGGGGCCCAUCGGCUUCAUGCCCUGCUUCGCGUUCAUGUGGCUCCUGGACAAGAGAGGUCUUCGGAUAACUGUGCUUCUGACAUCUUUCCUUAUGGUUUUGGGAACUGGUCUAAGAUGCAUACCUAUAUCAGACUUAAUGCUUAAAAGAAGACUAAUCCAUGCAGGACAGCUGUUAAAUGGAUUGGCAGGUCCGACUGUAAUGAACGCAGCUCCAUUCCUCUCCACAACGUGGUUCUCUGCAGACGAGCGGGCCACUGCCACAGCUAUUGCAUCAAUGCUCAGUUAUCUUGGGGGAGCAUGUGCAUUUUUAGUUGGACCACUUGUUGUUCCAGCUCCCAAUGGGACGGCGCCUCUUCUUGCUUCAGAGAAUAGCAGGGCCCACAUUAAAGAUCGCAUAGAGACUGUAUUAUAUGCAGAGUUUGGAGUUGUCUGCUUUCUAUUUUCUGCAACUCUAGCUUAUUUCCCACCGCGACCUCCUCUUCCUCCCAGUGUUGCUGCAGCUAGCCAGCGGCUGAGUUAUCGGCGGAGCUUUUGUAGAUUAUUAAGCAAUUUGAGAUUUUUGAUGAUUGCUUUAGCAUAUGCCAUACCACUUGGUGUAUUUGCUGGCUGGUCUGGAGUUCUGGAUUUAAUUUUAACACCAGUGCAUGUCAGCCAAGUAGAUGCUGGCUGGAUUGGAUUUUGGUCCAUAGUUGGAGGCUGUGUUGUUGGAAUAGCUAUGGCAAGGUUUGCAGAUUUUAUCAGGGGUAUGCUGAAACUAAUUCUUCUCCUCCUGUUUUCUGGGGCUACACUGUCAUCCACGUGGUUCACCCUGACCUGUUUGAACAGCAUCACACACCUGCCUUUAACCACAGUGACAUUGUAUGCCUCCUGUAUUCUCCUGGGAGUGUUCCUCAAUAGCAGUAUACCUAUAUUUUUUGAGCUUUUUGUGGAAACUGUCUACCCAGUUCCAGAAGGAAUUACUUGUGGAGUUGUCACUUUUUUAAGUAAUAUGUUCAUGGGAGUACUUUUGUUUUUUCUCACAUUUUAUCACACAGAGUUGUCUUGGUUCAACUGGUGCCUUCCCGGGUCGUGUUUGCUCAGUCUCCUCCUUAUUCUGUGCUUCAGGGAAUCCUAUGACAGACUCUAUCUUGAUGUGGUUGUCUCAGUUUAAUAGCACAGACUUGAAGGAGUUUUUGAAAAGAGACUGGAAAUCAAUACUGCAUACUGCACAUUUGCUUGGAAUUGCACAUCUAACAGGAAAAAAAAAGGAGAAGAGAGAAACUUCUUUCAGAGGUUUUGUUAGGUUACAGAUGAUCACAUUAAUUUAAUUACUGCUAGGUAAUAAUAAUGUGGAACUUGAGUGAUAAUAGUGUAUUUAAAAACUGUAUCAAUGGCAUACGUGUGCCUGAGUCUGGGGUUAGAAGUGUGAUGUCUUACACAGAAAGCACUGCCUAGGUAAUUCCCUCUAUGUUUUGUGCCAGUGCUAAACUACUGAUUAAUUGUAACUAUGAAAAGAAAUAAAGGGUGUCUAUUACAUGAAGAUAACUCCUUCCCUAAGCCACAUAUCAGAAAAGGAAGAAAUGCCACUAACUUCUAAAGAAGUUUAAAGCCUAUAUCAGAUUUUAAUUAUAAAAUAGCCAAGAGGUGUAUCAUUGAUAGAUAUUAGCCACCUGUACUCUACGUUUUUUUCUAAUAAAGCCAUUUCUUAUAUGACUCCUUAUUUUUAAUUAGAUCAGAAACCUUUGGCCACCUUAAUUAUGGUGAUCAAGUGCUUUCCAGUGACCGCAGAGCACAUACUUUGUGUCUCGAUCUUAACUUAUCCUUGUUUCUGUGAAAUACAGUUUCAUCUGCUAGGCUCUUAAAUGAUUAUAUUAAAUGUGACUAAAUGUUUAACACAGUCGCAUUAAAUGCUGUAUGAAAAAUGUAAUUUUGUUCCGAUUUAGCACUUUGUUAAAAGUGAAAAUGACAAAUCCCAUAGAACAUCCUGUGUCUUCGGGCAGAUAUAUAUGUGGUGGCAUGGGAUGGAAAAUCCAGCACCAGCUGUUGCUUACCAAGGUUGUAUUUUAUUAAGUGACCCUUGUUUGAAAAUAACAA